UAUGACAUGCUGGAAUAUGAGCAGAGAGAAAUUUUCCUUGACAUUGCAUGUCACAUGGCUGGUGAAAACAGAAGCGAUGCAAUUUCUAUGUGGAGAGCUUGUGAAUUUUUUCCCUAUGAAGCCAUAUCAGUUCUUGUUAAAAUGUCUCUGAUAAAAAUUAUGAAUGAUGAUAUUUUGAUGCAUGACCAACUCAGAGAUUUAGGGAGGGAACUAGUUCGCAAGGAGAGCAUCGAACAUCCUGGAGAGCGUAGUAGAAUAUGGAGUUCCACUGUGGCCAUGGAUGUUAUACAAAGAAAAGAGGGUACCAAAAAAAUAGUGGCACUCAAACUAGGGGCACAAUCUCAAGUGUGCAAUAUUACGCAUGAAGAUGUUUCAAGGCUGGUAAAGUUAAGGUUCCUUGAAUUGGAUGGAGGAAACUUUGUAGGAGACUUCCAAAAUCUCCUCUUGGAGCUAAGAUGGCUCUCUUGGCAAAAUUGUGCUUCGGAGUUUCAAGCUACUAACUUCUCUCCACGCAAUCUAGUUGUCCUCAAAAUUUCAGAAUCUGACAUUACAAAUGAUUGGAGUGGAUGGAGCCAAAUCAUGGAAAAAAGUAGGUUAAAAGUUCUGCAUCUUGUGAGUUGUAGAAGCUUGAUCAAGACGCCUAACUUCUCUACAUGCUUGGAUUUGGAGAGACUCGUUGUGAAGGAAUGUGAUAGGCUGGUAGAAAUCGAUCCAUCCAUUACUAUGCUGCAGCAUUUGAAGCACUUGGAAAUUAAGGGGUGUAUUGGUUUGAGGGUGCUUAAAGGAGCUCCAACCGCGCUCAAUCUAGGCAUGGUACGUCAAUCAUGGCUAGACUCAUUGGGUAAUCUAAAGCGUCUAUCAACACUAAGGAUGGAAAAUCUCGAACUCCUUGAACUUCCGGAUUCAAUAGGAGAGAUAGCUGGUCUUCAAGUGUUGUCUUUAGGUAAUUCAUCUGUGGAAAAACUUCCGGAGUCGAUUGGGAAACUAAAAUCUCUAGUCAAGUUGAAUAUAUCUUCCACGAACAUCAUAGAGAUGCCUGAUUCGAUAGGAGAGCUUAAGAGAUUAGAAAUUCUAGACAUAAAAAGUUGUAAAUUAAGAAAGCUUCCUAAGGCGAUAGGGAUGUUGGAGAAGCUUGAAAAAUUAGAUGCUACACUUUGCAAAUUUUUGGAGGGAGAACUUCCCAUGGAAAUUGGGCAACUAUCAUCUUUGAAAGACCUAAUCUUUGGUGGAAGCCGUAUUUCUGAAGUGCCACCAAGUAUUAGUCGGCUUUCUCAACUUACGAGUUUGGGUUUGCAACAUUGUGAGGAGCUUCGACAACUACCAGAGCUUCCUACAAGUUUGGCAUAUUUGGAUGUUAUGUUUUCGGCAUUAAAGAGGAUUCCAGAUUUGUCAAACCUAACCAACUUAAGUUCUCUGCAUUUAUCCGACUAUGGUCGUCGUGGAUAUGUUAAUAUGCCUCAUGCACCACUAGCCGCAUGCCAAGCUCAAGAUUUGCAGUGUAUUGGGAGGUUAACUAGGCUGUCAGCGUUGACAUUGGACCUUUUAGACAUGACCGCGUUGCCUGCUGACUUUACAAAUACCCUUACCGAACUCAAGCAUCUCCACUUACGAGGCUCCACCUUUCAAUCUCUUGAGUGGAAUCCACCCAAAAUUGAGAGAUUGAGGUUCUAUGAUCUCGAGUCCACAGAUGGAUGGUCAAACCUUCACACCUUCAAAUAUUUGUCCACUUUGGAAAUAUGCAGGUCGUGCUUAAACGAAAUUCCAGUGGAUGUGCUUGGACAGCUGGAGAGCCUUCGAUAUUUGAAUGUAUUAGAGUGUCAAUUCCUUGAAAGACUAUCCCAUUUACCAAGCUUAAGAAAGCUAUGGGUUUUGGCUGUUAAUAGGUGCCCACGUCUAGUUGAGAUUCAAGGUCUUGAACAAUUAGAAUCACUGGAACAAUUAUUUAUUAGUUACUGCCCGUCUUUGACAGAGCUACCAGAUCUUUCCAGCUUACAGAACCUGAGCGAGUUGAAUUUAUCUGAUUGCGACUCAUUGAAAAGUUUGCCUGUUGUGAAUAAGGAAACAUGUUGUUUGAAUGUUUUUAGAUGCAAGAUGCUGCCUCACGUAUCGAGUCCAUAAUUUGAAUGGGUUGCAGAGGGAAUCGCUUUCAGUGGGUAUACUGUUAGUGGUAACUUCGCUUUUUGAUCAACUUCAUCCAUUCACCAUCACCUCUAUUCAUAGGUUGUCUACAUAAUGAUCAUGCCCCUGUAUUGAGAUUGAAAAGUAGCUACACUUAGCUCUUUUUUUAAUUCUUGUAUGUAAGACUUGAUGAGACUCGAUCUUUUUGCCGCUAGUUACUGUUAUUUUGAGUAUGUUCUAUUUUCCUGUAAGGCCGCCUUAUCUUCUUUGAAUUAGUAAUAAAGUUGCUAUUUUCCCA